CAGCUCUGCGCAGGCGCGGUCAAGCUUCGAACAUUGUGGCUAAACAGGUAGUAGAUCUUUAACAAUGCCUAAAGAAUAGAUUGUUCUCGAAAAACAGAUUACCAUAACGGAACAGGGUUAAAUCAUCGUAAUGGAGCUGGCACAACGGGACAAGCUCUCGGAGCUGGUGGAGGAGCUCACCACAUCUGGACAGCAGCAGCUCAACCAAGAGAAGAUUAAGGAAAUCAAGAAGAUCUGCAGACUAUCUAAGGACUAUGUAGAUCAUGUAUACGACUCUGUGAUGGCACAACUUGAUAAAGAACAUGCAGAAAUCCGACUUUCAGCCUUCCAGAUAGCCAGUGAACUCUUCUCCAGGUCACACCAAUUCAGAAUUCGUCUUGUGGAUAACUUUCAGGAGUUUUUAGAAUUAACUGUGGAGACUGACUCGGAUCAACCUCUCCCGCCACCAAAAGAGGUGGCCAAGAAACUUAAGAUAUCUGCUAUCAAAACCAUCCAAUCCUGGCAAGCUCAAUAUGGAACCGCAUACAAGAAGUUGGCCCUGGGAUACCACUUCAUGAAACAAGUCAAGAAUGUUGACUUUAAUGAUGUUCAGGCCAGGACUGUAGCAGAGAGGAGCCGAGAAAAUGAGAGACAGAGGAGGAUGGAAAGGAUCUACAAAGAUAGGGUGGAGACCGCUGCUAAAGAGAUGGAAGAGUCCCACCAGGAAAUUGAGACGACUGUAACGGAGAUGAAGUCGUGUCUGAAGUUGCUGCUCCCUGAUGAGUUCGGCCUCUCGGACCAAACGGCUCCAGGCCCUGACAGCCGGACCCUGGGAGAUACAGCCCCGGGGGGCCGGGGGCUGGCCAGCAGACAGCUUUCUGAGGAGCACCGGCCUGGGUCCAGCCUCACAGCGGAGGAAGCAAUAGGGAAGGAGAAGAAUGGAGGGAACAAUGAAAGGAGACAAGAGGAAGAUGAGAAGAAAUGUCUGGACGCUAGGAUGGAAGAAAAACCUUCACUAGAGACAUUUGAGACGGUGGAAUUGGAAGGAAGAGAGGAGCUUAGCAUGAAACAAGAGGAAAAGGAGGUUGACAGAGAUGAGGAGGAGACUUGGAUGAAUGAUGUUUCUUAUGAGGAUGUUUUCAUUAGAAACUCUGGUCUCAUAUCUCAUUCGUACACUCUGAACAUCAAUGUAGAGUCUGACGUCCAGGUUAAAGAGACAGACGAUAACGAAGCUGUGGUUUCCACAUUAAUUGAACUCCAUCGCUUGAUCACCACAAAACACCUGCCAGCCGUAAAGAGCUGGGUACAAGUUUUCACCAGGUCGGGCCCUGAGCAGCUGCAGUUGUUGAGGUCAGCGCUCCUACUGAAGAUGUCUUUAGAGUCGCUCCUGAAGAAAGAGAAGUUGCUCCACAUUGAUUACAAGACCAGGAUACGGAAAGUGACUCGGGCCACUGCAGACGUUGAGGAGGAUGAUGAAGAGGAGGAUGAGGAUGACUUUGAGGAAGUUCCAGAGAAGGAAGGGUUUGAACCCCACAUUCCUGACCACCUUAGAGAAGAGUACGGUCUUGAACCCUCAGCAUCCACCUCUGCAGCACCAUCCACCCAGAGAGCUCUACCUAAGAGGCCGGCCCCAGUGGUCUCCCCCUCCACCACCGCUAGACGGCUGAGGAGGAGGCUGGAGGAGGAGAGGGAUCCUACCUGUGCGGCCGCCACACUGCAUCUCUUGAAAGGACAAAUGCGUCCCUGCACAGGCCCAAGCCCAAGAGUCUCGGAGCCCCCAAGCCCUGCUGUAGGCUCUGCCCCCGCGGGGGGCGACGGGGCCCCUGAUGCUCCCAUCGUCCCCUUCGGUCUGGACCUGUACUACUGGGGCGAGAAGCAGCCCGGUGCAGGCAAGAUGAUCAAGUCGACAUCCCAGCACCGUUUCUGGGUUCCCAGCGAGGUGGAUGAGGAGACGGAGAACCCAGAGUUGUUGGCUGAGAGCAGCAGCAGAUACAUCUCCUUCCCAGGGACCUUCACCCCCGUCUCCCACCACUGCAACGCACUGCUGGGGAACGGCAGACUGUGCCCCCGUCAGGACCGGGUCAAGUGCCCGUUCCAUGGAGUGAUCGUUCCUCGCGACGCUCGCGGCCGGCCGAGCCGGGCGGAGGACCGGGCACGGGAAGAACGGGAGGAGCGACGGCACAGGGAGAGCCAUCCUGACUGGCAGGAUGUGGAGCUGAUGCAGGACAUUGAGGCGGCGACGGGAGAAGACCUGGGCUCCAAGAGGCUGCUGGGGAAAGGAAAAGGGAAGGGGAAGGGGAAGUACCCCAACCUCAGCAAUCUGAAGAAGAGUGCCAACACCUCCCGGUCCAGGCUGGAAAAUAAAGUUUUCAACAAGAAAUCGGUGCGGCGAGUGUCUGAGGUGAUGACCAAGAUCGACAGUAGGAAACAUGAGAAGUUCUCUAAUCAGUUUAACUAUGCGCUGAACUGAUUGGCUCAUGACCAUAUGCUACAUUUGGGCCUGGUUGUACUGGGGUUGGUCAUGUAUAACAACGUAGACCUACCACGAGAAUGAAGCCAAGCCGAGAUCCAGCGUAAAGAAGGUAAGCAUCAGGAUAAUACGACCGAAGAUGAAAAGACCUAUGCAUCAGGAUCAGACGUCUGAAAAGAAAUAAACAUCAGGAUAAGACGUCUGAAAAGUCCUAAAUAUCAGGGUCAGACGUCUGAAAAGACCUAAACAUCAGGAUCAGACGUCUAACCUUAACCCUAAUGUCAAGCUAAAUUGUCCCACGAAGCACAUCCUCAAGUUGACCAUUUAAAUAUUACAACGUUUUAUAUGUAAUGUAAAUAUUCUUGUUAAGUUAAUGGAUUUCUGUAUUAAUGUUUAUUGUGAGUUGGCUCAUUCAACCACAUACUAUUAAGCAUUUGAAGUAAUACACUGCACUGUAUAAUGUGUGUUGGUCUUAGAUAAGCAGCAUAUCUAAAAUAUACAUUUCUUUGUUUGCUAUAAUUUUAUUUAUUUUUUGCACUUAACAACAAUGCAGGUUGCAAUACAAUAAUGUAUUAUAUAUAUGGGUAUUAUGCAUCAUACAAGCAAAACAUGUUAGCUGGCAGUGAAUAUUGCUUGUUUGAUGCUCCAUGUUUGAUAAAUAGGUGUUUCCUUUUUUUUCAAAAGUUUCUAUUGUUCAAUUUGGAAAUUAUAUGUUUUUUCCAUUGAGGAACUUGUGGCUUAUCUUUCUCCUCUUUUAGAUAGUAAUUAACUAAUAGUUGACUGAUUAGUUAAAAAUAUCAUUAUUGUUCUAUCAACAUUUUUAAGUAUGUAUUCCAUUAUUAAAUUCUAGAAUAUCAGCAA